AAAGGGCUGGCUGCAGAUGUGGUUUUGUAUCUUGGGCUUUACCGAGUUUCCUGUACACAAGGGCGUUGAAUUUCCUCUCUAGUUUUUUUUCUGCCUGUGAAACCUUUAGUCGGUCAUCAUAAGUAGGAUCUGCAUCGAGCUGAUGUUCAUUUAACUCAGGUCCUGAAGCUGGAUAAUCUCUGGACGAUCCUGAAACACUGCUCCACUCACCUCAUUCCUCCUGCAUGCUGUGCAAGCAUGCUGCCUGUCAGGAUGCUGAGCAUUCUCAUCCUCCUCUUUUCACUGUGCGAUGCUGACAGCAUAUGCACAACAGAGUUCAAGAUGGAUCCACCUGAGAUUAUUGCAGAAUAUGGGGGAAGUCCUGUCAUUGUAAACUGCACCACAACAUUGGAUGAACAUGACGGGAUGUACUGGACAGUUGGAAAUGAAAUCUUUCAGCUCGAAGAUGAAGAAUUGUUUAUCUCCCAUUCAGUGCCAGUGUCGGACUGGAAUGUGACGGCCGAGUGCAAAAUGAAGUUAAAUGAGUCUUAUGAAUGCAGCAAGGACCUCAAAGUUAUUUUAUUCAAGAAUCCAGAAGUUGUUCAUUCUGUACAGCUUGUGAAUGUGAUGGGAGAAGAAACACAGUACAGACUGCAGUGUGAUAUAAUCAAUGUUGCUCCUGUUCAGUUCCUCAGUGUUAGCUGGUACAAAAACAAUGAAAACAUCAGGACAAUGUCUUUCAAUGACACAACCAAAACCCCAGUAAAUGAGUCCUUGAUUCUGAGAGUCGACAUCAGCAGAGAAGAAAAUGUAGCUCAGUUCAGAUGUGAAGCUGAGCUGGACUUUGGACCACAUGGACCAAAACUUCCUGCCAUUUCUCAAACACACAGCAUUUCAGCCCACUAUGCUCCAGAGUUAAAGACAAAUAGUACUGCUGACAUCUAUCAAUUGAGAGGUACUAAUAUCGCCUUGAGCUGUGAAGCUGAGGGAAACCCUCCUCCUGUGUAUAACUGGAUUUGUGAUGGGGAAAACAUGUUGGAGAACACAAACAGUCUCAAUAUUACUCGAGUCAAUCGCAAUAAAACCUGCACCUGCACAGCUACCAAUUAUCUGGGAAACAUAACUAAGACAAUCCAUCUUCAUGUUGAACCAAGAGGUUGCCCACUAACACUGACACCUUCUGAAACUGUUGUGAAAUUUGGAGAUCCAGUUUCAGUCAGCUGCAGCACAUCAGCCAGAUAUGUUGAAGGAAUGGGCUGGGAGGCUCCUGCUGGACACACAAGAUUUGAAAGUCUUACUGCUGCCACUUGGAUGAUUGAGAAAUUUCAAGACUGGGCAUCAAAACCUUCAUGCAACAUCACUCUAAAUGAUGAUUUUCAGUGUUCUGUGAGUCCAGUCAUCACCGUUUAUAAAGCUCCAGAAAUGGUGUCAGUUACUGAAUUGGAUAAUACUCAAACAGCAAGGGGGACAGCAUACAAAAAUUACCCACAUACACAACAUAAACUGCAGUGUGACAUCAUAAAUGUUGCUCCUGUUCAAUAUCUCACUGUUAGCUGGUACAAAAGCAAUGAAAGGAUCCACACCCAAAUUUUCAAUGACACAACAACCAAAACUCCAGUAAAUGAGUCCUCGAUUCUGAAAAUAAACAUCAGCAGAGAAGAAAAUGUAGCUGAGUUCAGAUGCGAAGCUAAGCUGGACUUUGGACCACACGGACCAAAACUUUACGUCAAUUCUCAAACACACAGAGUUUCAGCCCACUAUGCUCCGGAAAAAAACACAAAGAAAAGUACUCAAGACAUUUUUCUGCUUGAGGGCACUAAUAUCACCUUGAGCUGUGAAGCUGUUGGAAACCCUCCUCCUGUGUAUAACUGGACUUGCGAUGGGAAAAAUAUGUUGGAAAACACAAACAGUCUCAAUAUCACCCGAGUAAAGCACAACGCAACUUGCACCUGCACAGCUACCAAUUAUCUGGGAAACAUAACCCACACAAUCAAUGUUCAUGUGAAAAAAAGAGGUUGCCCACUAACACUGACACCUUCUGAAACUGUGGUGACAUUUGGAGAUCCAGUUUCAAUCAACUGCAGCACAUCAGCCACAGAUGUUCAAGGAAUGGGCUGGGAGGCUCCAUUUGGAGGAACAGGAUUUGAGUCUCCUCCUGUUGUCACUUGGAGGGUUGAAAAACUAGAAGAGUGGACUCCAAGUCCUUCCUGCUAUGCUACUUUGGUUGAUGGAUCCCAGUAUACUGAGAAACCAGUCAUCACUGUUUAUAAAACACCAGACAUUGUGUCAAUAUAUCCACUGAACCAAAGUCACAUGACGGAGGAACAUGUACACAUAGUGCCUUACAAUAAAAACACAAGGACACAGCACUGGUUAGGGUGUGACAUCAUCAAUGUUGCUCCUGUUCAACACCUGACUGUUAGAUGGUACAAAAAUAAUAAAACCAUCCAGACACAGUCCUUCAAUGACACAACAACUAAAAUGCCAGUAAAUGAGUCCUCUAUUCUGAGAAUCGACAUCAGCAGAGAAGAAAAAGCCAUUGAGUUCAGAUGUGAAGCUGAGCUGGACUUUGGACCACAUGGACCAAAACUUCCUGCCAUUUUUCAAACACACAGAGUUUCAGCCCACUAUGCUCCUGAGAUCAACACAAGUUGUACUGUUGACAUCUCACCACUUGAGGGCACUAACAUCACCUUGAGCUGUGAAGCUGAGGGAAACCCUCCUCCCGUGUAUAUCUGGACUUGUGAUGGGGAAAAUAUGUUGGAGAACACAAACAGUCUCAAUAUUACUCGAGUCAAUCGCAAUAAAACCUGCACCUGCACAGCUACCAAUUAUCUGGGAAACAUAACCAAGACAAUCCAUCUUCAUGUUGAACCAAGAGGUUGUCCUCUAACUCUGGCACCUUCUGAAAUUGUUGUGAGAUUUGGAGAUCCAGUUUCAAUCAACUGCAGCACAUCAGCCACAGAUGUUGUCAGAAUGGACUGGGUGGCUCCUGCUGGACACACAAGAUUUGAAAGUCUUACUGCUGCCACUUGGAUGAUUGAGAAAUUUCAAGACUGGGCAUCAAAACCUUCAUGCAACAUCACUCUAAAUGAUGAUUUUCAGUGUUCUGUGAGUCCAGUCAUCACCGUUUGUAAAGCUCCAGAAAUGGUGUCAGUUACUGAAUUGGAUAAUGCUCAAACAGCAAGGGGGACAGCAUACAAAAAUUACCCACAUACACAACAUAAACUGCAGUGUGACAUCAUAAAUGUUGCUCCUGUUCAAUAUCUCACUGUUAGCUGGUACAAAAGCAAUGAAAGGAUCCACACCCAAAUUUUCAAUGACACAACAACCAAAACUCCAGUAAAUGAGUCCUCGAUUCUGAAAAUAAACAUCAGCAGAGAAGAAAAUGUAGCUGAGUUCAGAUGCGAAGCUGGGCUGGACUUUGGGCCACACGGACCAAAACUUUAUGUCAGUUCUCAAACACACAGAGUUUCAGCCCACUAUGCUCCGGAAAAAAACACAAAGAAUAGUACUCAAGACAUUUUUCUGCUUGAGGGCACUAACAUCACCUUGAGCUGUGAAGCUGUUGGAAACCCUCCUCCUGUGUAUAACUGGACUUGUGAUGGGAAAAAUAUGUUGGAGAACACAAACAGUCUCAAUAUCACCCGAGUAAAGCACAAUGCAACUUGCACCUGCACAGCUACCAAUUAUCUGGGAAACAUAACCCACACAAUCAAUGUUCAUGUGAAAAAAAGAGGUUGCCCACUAACACUGACACCUUCUGAAACUGUGGUGACAUUUGGAGAUCCAGUUUCAAUCAACUGCAGCACAUCAGCCACAGAUGUUGAAGGAAUGGGCUGGGAGGCUCCAUUUGGAGGAACAGGAUUUGAACGUCCUCCUGUUGUCACUUGGAGGGUUGAAAAACUAGAAGAGUGGACUCCAAGUCCUUCCUGCUAUGUUACCUUGGUUGAUGGAUCCCAGUGUACUGUGAGUCCAGUCAUCACUGUUUAUAGACCACACGGACCAAAAUUUCCUGCCAUUUCUCAAACAAACAAUGUUUCAGCCCACUAUGCUCCUGAGCUAAUCCUUGAAAGUAGCACUGAAGACAUUUUUCCACAUGGGGGUACUGAUAUCACCUUGAGCUGUGAAGUUGAGGGCAACCCUCCUCCUGUGUAUAACUGGAUUUGUGAUGGGGAAAAUAUGUUGGAGAACACAAACAGUCUCAAUAUCACUCGAGUCAAUCGCAAUAAAACCUGCACCUGCACAGCUACCAAUUAUCUGGGAAACAUAUCUAAAACAAUCAAUGUUCAUGUCACACCAAGAGGUUGUCCUCUAACUCUGGCACCAUCUGAAAUGGUUGUGAGAUUUGAAGAUCCAGUUUCAAUCAAAUGCAGCACAUCAGCCACAGAUGUUGCUGAAAUGGCCUGGAUGACUCCUGCUGGAGACAAAGAAUUUAAACCUGGUUCUGAUGUCACUUGGAUGGUUAAAAACCUGAAAUGGUGGACUCCAAGUCCUUUCUGCAGCAUCACUCUAAAUGACGAUUUUCGGUGUUCUGUGAGCCCAGUCAUCAUUGUUUAUAAAACCCCAGAGACCGUGUCAAUCUCUGAAUUGAAUCAUGGUCUGAUGUUGAAGCACAAAGAGGACAAGAAGCACAACAUGACACAAUACAAACUGCAGUGUGACAUCAUCAAUGUUGCUCCUGUUCAGUAUCUCACUAUUACUUGGUAUAAAAACAAUAAAAUCAUCAAGACACAGUCCUUCAAUGACACAACCAAAACGCCAGUAAAUGAGUCCUCUAUUCUGAGAGUCGACAUCAGCAGAGAAGAAAACGUCGUUGUGUUCAGAUGUGAGGCCAGGCUGGACUUUGGACCACAUGGACCAAAACUUCCUGCUAUUUCUCAAACACGCAGAGUUUCAGCCCACUAUGCUCCAGAGGUAAACACAAAAGAUAGUACUCAUGACUAUCUACUUGAAGGUUCUAAUAUCACAUUGAGCUGUGAAGCUGAGGGAAACCCUCCUUCUGUCUAUAACUGGACUUGUGAUGGGGAGAAUAUGUUGGAGAACACAAACAAUCUCAAUAUAACUCGAGUAAAUCGCACUAAAACCUGCACCUGCACAGCUGCCAAUUAUCUGGGAAGCGUAACCAAGACAAUUCAUGUUCAUGUUGAACCAACAGGUAAAACCAAUAAAAUCACUUUUACAGUCAUUUGGGCUUUGCCAUUUAUAGUGGCCAUCAUCAUCUUCAUCUUCAUUGCGUUCUACUGUCGCAAACAGUGGAAAAAACAUGGACAUUAUAGUUUUGUUUCUGACAAAGAUAUCCCUUUGAAUAUUACACAAAGUAAUGGAAGCAAUUAAGAUGUUUUCUGCUUUCUGUAAACUGAAGCAAAAACUUAAUUUUAUGUGCAACCUAAUUAUUUUUUUCAUUAAAAAAAGAAGUUCUACACCAAUUUCAUACCCUUGUAUGAAAAAUUCCUAGCUUCACAUUCCUGGAAAUGUGGGCCCACCCACUUCAACAAUGGAUCCAUGCUGAUGGGCUUUUUAAAAGUUUUAUUUUCUAUUACUUCUAUUACUUUUCUAUUAAUUAAAUAAAUAUUUUAAAAAAUAAAA